UUAUCGAUAUUAUCAACGGCAACAUAAAUUACAACACUUCGUCCAAGUGUUAUACUCGGUCUUUCUUGCUCACUUUGUUCCAGUACAACAACGCAGAUCCUAAUUAGUCGAUAUUAAAGCUCUUCUGACUCCUUAUGAGCCUGUGCACCCUCUUAGAUCGGCUGAGCGUGGCCUGCUGGUAGUUCCCAGAGCCUGACUGGUGACUAAGAACUAAGAAGUAUCUGCUUUUGCAGUCCGGACCCCCAAACCCUGGAAUGACCUUCCGGCAGAAAUUAGGAUUUUGGAGAAAAAAAGAACCCGAAGGUCCUCCACUUCUCAGCAAACCAUGGAGGGAAAUAAACUGGAGAAACAAACAGAGUGAUCUGCAGUAUGUGAAGGACUACAAACCUAAAACUGAUGGCCAGCAGCUCAGGAUUCUCCUUCAUGGUCCGGUUGGAGCUGGAAAAUCCAGUUUCAUCAACUCUGUCCAAAGUGUCUUACAAGGCAGAAUGUACACUCAGGCUUUGGUGGACAACACCUCUCACGACUGUUUCACCAAAAGGUACACAACCUACAACAUCCAAAAAGGCCCAGAGACUGUUUUCCCUUUUGUCUUCAAUGACAUCAUGGGCCUGAGUCCAACCGGUGUCCAAGUGAACGAUGUCAAACUGGCUAUGAUGGGAAAAGUGAAGGAUGGUUACGGGUUCAAUCGUGAUUCUAGGAUGUCAGAGGGGGACCCAUUCUACAACAACCAUCCAACUGACAACGACAAAGUGCAUGUUUUGGUUUGUGUCAUUGAUGCCAACACGGUAACUUGCAUGCACAAAGAAAUUGAAGAAAAGAUUCGCCAAAUCAGGAUUGAAGCCACUCACCUGGGUAUUCCUCAAGUGGCCAUUCUCACCAAGAUUGAUGAGGUCUGUCCUGAAAUCAAAGAAGAUUUACAGAAUGUCUACAAGGUCAAUUACCUGAAGGAAAAGAUGGAGCAGUUCAGUGUAAAUGUGGGAAUCCCCAUGAACUGCAUCUUCCCUGUGAAGAACUACCAUGAAGAAAUCAACCUCAACAGUGACGUUGACUCACUGAUCCUGAGCGCCCUGAAACACAUCAUCAACUUCGGAGACGACUGCAUCAACUUCCAUAAGAGUCAGAGUCAUGCUAUGUCAUGUCAAAAUAACAAUAUGUGACAUUAACCAGCUGGAUUUCUAACAAUCUAUGAUUUAUUACUUUUUGCUUACUGCACCACGUUUGUAUGUGUUUUACUUUAAAGGCCCUAAAAACUUGCCUUAAAAUCUUCAGUCUGUCUCAGUAACAUGAAAUAUUCAUCACUAAAUACGCAGUAAUAAAGUAAAAAACAAAUAUAUUUGGGUAUUAUAGGAGUUCAACACUCAACCGCUCUGUUAAUCUGCUUCUUGAUGAAUGUGUAGGUUUGGUUUAAUCUGAUUAAAUUACAUAUAACAUGAAAUAUGUAAAAAAAAAAAUCAAAUCAGUGAGGAGAGCACAAACAAAAGGUUUCUCACGUAAAUUAACUGAAAUUGUUCUAACUUUGUAUAUUAUGUGUUUAUGUAAGAAUUCAUCACUUAUAAUUUGAAAAAAUAAGUUUUCAGGACCUUUCAUUUGUUGUAUCUUCAAUAAUCUAACAGAGCGAGUAGUGUCUCCACCUUUAUAACUAGUUUUGUUCAUCGUGUUUAUAAUUAACUUCAUUUUGAAACCCACAUAACUUUAUAUUAUUUAUACAGAUCUCAAACAUACCAAAUAGUUCAGGCUGCAUCUAUAAAACCAAGUCUUGUGUUAUAAUAUUUCACUCAAUGUAACCAACAUGUAGCUUCAAUAACCAGCUAAAAUACAAUAAAUCUGCUUUUUCAACCUUCAA